AUGAAAUACGACUCAAGCAAUAGCUUGAUCAUAUACUUCCUCUUCGCGUUGGUUCGCGGACUCCGUGAAGCCAACCAUGACCUCUCUACACAAUUAAUGCACGAACGCACUGAAGAGAAGAAAAAGAUCUUUGAAUUAGCGGGAGGUGGAAAGAAGAGACGGGCCAUAACAUUGGCAAAGAGAAAGCAAAGAGAGACGAGGCCAGCGUGGUCAUCUGAUGAUGAGUCACAUUCGCAUCCAAAGUCCAUCACUAGUAUACCACGAUCCGUUUCUGGUGUUCGCGGUUUUGUCCCUUCACUUGGAUCGCUUUCCGAAGUGGAUCACAGCGACACGGAUGAAUCCGAGCAUGAAGUGAGACCGCCUGUUAAACUGAACUGGCGCCAGCAGUUCCUCGUCUGUAUUGGUUUGGCUGAUCCAAAGCAGUAA